UUGAUCGUUCCAACUCCGAAACCUACGUAACGACGUUACCCGCGCCCCUCCAAUUCACUUUCGUCGUCGUUCCCUUUCAUCGCAGUUCCGAAUUCUUUUCGGCCAAAAUAGUAAAACCGAGCCUUAAGCUAAAGAGAUCUGGAAAAAGAAAAAGGGAAAUUAAAGAAAGAGGAGCAAGGUUUUAAUGGCUAAUUGGAUUUCAUCCAAGCUCAAAGUCGCUGAAACUCUCCUUCAACAGAUCGACCAGCAAGCGGCGGAGUCGCUUGGGAAGAAUGAGAAACAGUCGUCCGAUGAGGUUCAAUUGGCCACUCCAGCGAAACCCAGUGGCGUUGUAUCUUUAAAAGAUCAGUUAAAAUAUAAACCACAAGAAAAUAAUGAUUAUCAAGGCAAAUUGGUCAGUGAUCCCAUUGCUACUACACCUAGUAGUAAUAUUGAUAAGAAUAAUAGUAAGAGGAAUGCUUCAGUUAAUAUUUUAAAUGUGGAAAAAGAAGUUUCAAGCAAGUCAAAACCUAGUACCAAGCUCACAGAUAGUGAUUGGACUGAACUUCUUAGUACACCAAAUCAGGGCACGAGUUCUAGUACUAAUGGGGCAUCUGGGAUUCGUGGCUUGAAGAAAGAUGCCAGGAUGAAAGGAUAUUUAGGGUCUCAUUUGUCACCCCUGGAAGAGAAGAGGAAGCAAAAAAGUAAUGUUGAUGGCAUUAAGUCUGUAAAGAGACCAGAUGUAGUUUUGGGAAAUAAGUUGAGUGAAAAGCCGAGUGAUGGUGAAGAAUUGUCUAGCGUGGAUAAACAAAAUGAUGGUAAUAAUUCAGAGAAAGGGAAAGAUGCCACAGAUGAAGAAAAUGGUUGGGAAUUGGAUUCUAAAGACCUUCUGUCCUAUGUGGAAGGAUUUACACAUUCUGGAAACAAGAUCCAUUCGACCCAAAAGAUGUUGGAAUUGGGAGAAGGUGAUGGGGCACAUGAUGUGAAAAUAGGAAAGGUUGAUGCUCAUGACCAGUUUAGAACCACUGUAAGAACUGGAAACUCCAAGUCCAUUGGCCCAUCUAGCAAUUCAGCCUUUGAUGAUGUAAAAAGAGCCUCUCAGACAACAAGUGAUGCAAGCUCUGAUUCGGAUUCAGGUUCAGUUUCAACAUCUGACUCUGAAAGUGAACGUGAGAGGGAGGAAAGGAGGAAGAGGAGGGAGAGGAUUUUGGCUGAACGAGCAGCAGCAAAAGCUGUGGAGGUCAUCAAAGAACGAGAGAAUAUGGUUGCCAAAUUAGAAGGAGAGAAACAGAGCUUAGAGAAAAUUCUUGAAGAACGAGCCAAACAACAAGCACAAGAGGCUUCAGAACUGCAGACUACUACAAUGGAAAUGAUGGAUGCUGUUGAGCUAGAAAAACAGAAACAUAAUAAUACUAGAAUGGAAGCUCUCCAGCGACUGGCUAAGCUAGAGACCAAAAAUGCUGAUCUUGCAAGAUCACUUGCUACUGCACAGAAGAAACUUGAAGUGCAGAUUAAUCGGGUAGCAGAUCUCAGACAACAAAUUGAGCUGGAAGAAGUGGCUCAUGAAGAACUAAAGAGGAGGAUAACCAGUAAUCAUCAGAGUGGAACUUAUCUGAAUCAAUUAGCAGCUUCAAAGGGAAUAGAAUUUGGAUGUGAAAUCCUCGAGUCAGAGUACUCUGUUGUCACUGAUAAAAUUGGACGACUGCAAGACAAGGCAAGACAACUGGAAGCAAGCAUUGAAUCAACAAGGAAAGAGGUGGAGGAGCCAACAGAAGUAGAGGUUGAGAUAAAGAGAAGGCUUGGACAGCUUACUGAUCAUUUAAUUCAGAAGCAAGCUCAGGUUGAGACACUCACAUCAGAGAAAGCAACAUUGUCUUUUAGAAUCGAGACAGUUUUGAGGAUGCUGGAAGAGAACAAGUCCUUGAAUAUGAGUAAUGCCUUAUCAAGUGAUUUGGAAUCAGGGGUAUGGGGUCUUUCUGAUUCAGAGUUGCUCGAAGACAAAAUCCGUUCCGGAAAACGGCAACUCGGAUCAAUGAUCAAGCAGUUGGAUGCUAUAUUUUUGGCUGGUGCAAUAUUCUUGAGAAGAAAUGCAACAGCAAAAGCUUGGUCUCUGGUAUACCUCAUAUGCCUUCACUUAUGGGUCAUAUAUAUUCUAAUGUCACAUUCUCAACCAUCAGACGAGAAAAGAUCGGGUGCUGUUAUGUCCUUGGAAAACAUCAACAAAACUGGUGUGUAAUUCGCAAUUGAUGUAGUUCUUAACCCUCAUCAGCUAUCGAGAGAUUUAUUAUAUGUAGGGUGUAAUAAAUAUUAAUUUGUGCAGUUUCUGGUGACUUUCAUAAA